AUCCACCGCCUGCGCAUGCCUUUCCUGGAUGACGAACUCUGUCACGCAGGCUGGAACGCUUCCAGCAGCUCCUUCGGGGACACCUGCAAGGAGCGCAACCGCCUGGUCAUCCCAGCCUGGUCCUCCGGCCGUGUUUACGUGGUGGACACGGGCUCUGACCUGUGCGCUCCCAGCUUGUGCAAAAUCAUCGAACCCCGUGAAACUAUCAGGAAAACCAACCUGUUUUUCUUAAACAGCUCACAUUGCUUGAGCAGUGGGGAGAUUAUGGUCAGCGCCAUUGGAGAUGCAUUUGGCAACGGAAAAGGUGGACUUCUCCUUUUGGAUCCGGAAACUUGGGAAGUGAAAGGAACCUGGGAGUGUCCAGAAGAUAGACCCGUCGAGAUGUACGACUUCUGGUACCAGCCGCGACACAAUGUCCUCAUCAGCAGCAAUAUCGGGGAGAUCAAGUUCUUUGACAAUGGGUUCGAUCCAGAUAAUCUAAGAAAAGGGCGCUACGGCCGCCACCUCAAUGUCUGGGAUUGGACCACCCACCGUCUCCUCCAAACAAUCGACAUGGGUGAAGAUUCGACCCCGACUGAGAUCCGCUUCUUGCAUAACCCCAACUCGGUCCACGGUUACGUAGUCUGCCUUCUGGAGAGCUCCAUCCACCAUUUCUUCAAAACAAAGGAUGGAUGCUGGACGGCUGAGAAAGUGAUCCAAAUCCCAAACAAGAAAGUAUCAGGAUGGCUCUACCCUGAAAUGCCAGGGUUCACUGCCAAUAUUGUCAUUUCCCUGGAUGACCGGUUCCUCUACUGCAGCAACUGGAUUCAUGGCGAUGUCCGGCAAUACGAUAUCACUGACCCGCACUGCCCCAAACUGGUCGGGCAAGUGUUUGUGGGGGGAAGCCUUCAGAAAGGGGGUCCCGUAACCGUCCUAGAAGAUCCGGAGCUGGACUGCCAACCCGAUCCCUUUGUGAUCCAGGGCAAGAAGGUCCAAGGAGGACCUCAAACACUGCAGCUGAGCUUGGAUGGCGCCCGUCUCUUCAUCACCACCGCUCUUUACACACCUUGGGACAAGCAGUUUUACCCUGAGUUGGUCAGGAAAGGUUCGGUCAUGCUUCAGCUGGAUGUGGACACCGUGCGAGGCGGCCUUUCUGUGAAUCGGGAAUUCCUAGUGGAUUUUGGGCAAGAACCAUUUGGUCCAGCUCGGGCGGAAGAGAUGCGUUAUCCCGGUGGGGACUGCACCUCCGACAUUUGGGAGUAGUGUGCCUCCUUCAUAUCUGCGGCAUAAACACUCCACAAAUCGAGGUCUAUCCAAUUCUUCUGUCUUCAGUGCUUGCUGUCUACAAUCCUUGGAAGUCAUGCUAUGAAGGUCAACAUGAGGCAAGCAACUGUUAUGCAAAUACUCCUACUAUAUAUCCCCAUCAUUCUCUGGGUAUCCUGGCUGCCGCUGCCUGCCGACUUCCUUCCUCCUCCAUCUCUGAGAGGGGCAACCUCACAAUGGCAACGCUCUGGUGAUGGUGGGCAGGUUCUCUCCAUGUCUCUUUCUUUCCUUUCUCCCUUUCCCUCAAAUACAUUCCCCUCUCACUUUUCUUCCUCUCUUCCCUUGCUUUUCCCCAUAACCUCCUUCCAUUUUCUUCCUUCCUUUUUCCCCUUCUCACCUUCUCCUUUCUUCUUUCCCUGUCUUAUACUUUCUGUCCUUUCCUCUAUUUCCUUACCUUCCUAUGACCAGCUUGGAGUGGAAGGCCCUUAAUAAGGAAGGUUCUGUGGACAUCCUCAGAUCUGAUAAAGAAUAUUAUAAAUAGGCUGAUCCUGCUAACAAAUAAAAGUAGUUGGAAAGAUAAUAAGACUUUUCUUUGAAAUGAGGGUUAGAUGGCUGGCAGACCUACUGUAAGGGAGCUAAUAACUACUAAAGUUCUUUCAGGCAGGGGGGAAUCUUUUGAUCCCACCGCUGCCACCAAUUUGAGGAGAUGCAACCACCAAAGACUCAGAGAGGAGACCUUUUACUUUUCUUUCUUUCUUCUUCUUCUUCUUCUUCUUCUUCUUUAGAUGGUAGUGUAACUUAGUUUAUAAUAUAUGCAACAGAGGCUUAGAUGUUGGAGGAACAAUAACAAGUUUAUUCAGGCACAGAGCUUAGUGGUUACAAUUGUUGUUUCUCACUUAGAGGCACUUUCAUUAAAGUUACAAUACUAGAAUGAGCGGAGUCAAACUCCCUAAAGUGUUACUUCUUUUACUUAAAGUAGUUAGAACUUCAUCCUCUGCUACUAUUAAACCCGCAGUGACCCCUGUGAUAUAUGAUCACAGAUUCUCUGUUCCUUAUCAGGACACAGACUACUUAAAAUAAGUUACCAGACUUAUUUUAAACUGACUCAAAAUGAACAAUUGAGUCCCUUGAUCCCUUCAACCUAGGAUCAAUCUUCCCUGUGCCUCAUCAGAGCACAGACUGAAUUCCUUCUUUAAACUCUGCACUUCUUCAACAAAACGGCUGUUGGCUCCGCCUACUUCUCCAUGGCAACCAGCCUCUGAGUGCAGAGAAGCAAUAACUGUAAUACUUACCCUUUUAAAACACAAACACACAAUUAAACAUAACAUCUAUAAACCAAACAUUCAUACUUUAUUACACCUACCACUUGUUGUUCUGAAUCAUAGAAAGCUUUGCUCUUUUUAACUAAAGUUGGCUGAAUAGAAUACAAAUAAUCCAUGCUCACAUGCCACAAACGAAAAGGGUUUCAGAUAUCACCAAGCCAACCCACUGCAAUAUAAUGGAUCUGCAUGUUUCUAGCAGCAACAAAAAUUCACACUAAACCACAAAGCAGUCACUAUUCUUAAUUGGACUGAAAAUUUGGAAUCGACAAGACAGAAGGCUCCCACUUAUGUAUUUCCCAUUAUUAUUUCAAAUGCCAUUCAAUUCUUCUCUCAUCCUCACCAAUGGCCCCUUCUCUAGAGUCUCUUUUGGGAAGGACUGCAGAAGACAAGAGGGGUACAAGAGGGAGCCAGGCUUAGCACAGCAGGCUAAACUCCUAGCUGCAGAAAAUCCUACCGAUCGGAAGGUCAACAGUUCAAGCCCGGGUUGAGGUGAGCACCCGCCAUCAGUACCAGCUCCCUGCCCACCUAGCACAGUAGAUAAAUACGUACUGCUUUAAGCAGGGGGGGGGGGGGUAAUAAAGGCGUCCAUAAGGACAUGCCAGGCAAUUCGAUUGGAGGACGACUAAGGACAGCAAAUCUCCUUGGCAUGGAAGAUGGAGCGACAGCACCCUCCAGAGUUGAGCACAGCCUCAAGAUGCCGGAAAUGGAAAAGAUGGCAAAAGCCUUUACUUCUGUUUAUUCUCUGUCCUUGUUAAUUGUAUAUCGGCAUCGAAUGUUUGCUGUACGUGUGUUCUGUAAUCCGCCCUGAGUCCCCUCAGGGAGAUAUAACAGAAUAUAAAUAAAGUAUGAGUAUUAUUAUCAUUA